AGUUUGUUUCUGACUAGCAAAUGUUUCCGACAGGGAAUUGUUCUGCAAAAUACGCGUGCUACUUCGAAAUAACCUCAAUGUAUUAGUACAUUUUAAAAACACAUUAACAAUUUCUUGUAUCCAGUCUUGGUAAGACGAACGAUAGAAUCGGGUUUGACCAGAAGAUUUGAGGCUGCCUGACGAAAAUAGUGUUUUUUUUAUUGUGUCACGUGUGAGUUAUUAACUGUACACCAGUGUACACUUCGUCGUUGGACGAUUUAAAAAUAUUUUAUUAACAAUUGUUAAAAAUGAAUCGUCACGAUGCAGAAAAAAAGAAAUUAUCCAAAGGUUUGCUGGAGAUGAAGUUUAUGAAAAGAAGUAAAGAAAAAGCUGAAAAAGAACUAGAAGCUGAAGAAACUGAAUCUUUGUUUGCCAUACCAAGUAAAAUGAAACAAGGAACCAAGUAUAUUAUUGAACCAAGUUACAUUCCAUGUGAAGAUUUGAUAGUUGGAAGGCUGUCAUUUAAUGGAAUGAAUCCAGAAAUUGAACUCAUAAUGCAGAAAGAAGCAGGAAUAGUUCAAGAAGAACCUGAAAUUAAAGAAGAAGAAGCAGAUGUAACUGAAGAAGAAAUGGCUCACCACUAUAGUUCACUUGUUAAUACUACUGCCAAGAAAUUCAAAACAAAGAGACAAGUUGAAGCAGAUAGUCAGUCAGUUCCAAAUAAAAAGAAAUAUACAUUCCUCAAACCUCAAGAUUAGUUGUUUAUUUUUAAGUGAGAUUAAUUCUUAUUAUUAGCUAAUAAACUGAGUUGAAUUGUUUCUUUUGUAUCUUUUAUUGUCCUUUGUUACAAAGUUGAAAACAUUGUACACACAUUUCUCCUGUGCAUUUGGUGUGGGGAAACAUUACAUUUUUUUAAAAAAUUAUUAAGGUUUUAAAAUAUGAAAAAUAGAUAU